CUGUGAAAGCCCACAAAUAACGGUCUUGUCGUUAAAACUAAGUUUGCGAUGGGUUUUGGGAACAAGCGAGCAUGUCAGAAACACCACGAUUUCACGGUACAACUUAGCGAGACACGGGCUAUAGAACUGGUAGUUUGUGCAUGCAAGAUUUACCAACGAUGUGGGGUCCACGUAUUCAAGAACCCGAUCCAAUAUUACCGGUGAUAGCUGAGUUAACAUGAUAUUUGGCAAUAGUAGUUCCCCAACAUUUUCAAACUGCGAGGGCUACGCGACAUCUUAUAAUCGUCCCACGACAUUGUCCGGAAAUCGUCGAACCGGCAAAACCACCCAUACUCAAUGGGCAGUAUUAACAACCACCCAGAUGGUUAUGGCGAGCUAUAGAUUAGGUUAGUCAAUUUUUUGUGAUUUUUGGGGGUUGUAUUCGAAGCGUAUUUGUGAA